GAGAAUGAAGGGAUGUCUUGACCUGUUUCUUCUUUCUGAAACCAAGGAAUCAAGGGAGUUUCCUGGAAAAGGGGGCCUUCUUCUGGCUUUCGCGUUUUCAAAGGAGAGUACUCAAGCGCGAAAUUACCAUUCUGCCCCUCUGCAACUUCUGGUUUUCUAGGGCUAGAUAAAAUUAGGGUUUUCUAGGGCUAGAUAAAAUUAAGGCAUGGAUUGGGGCAACGUAACGGCAGAGGAUCUGGCCGAUGCCCUUCGUGAAGUGGAUUGGUCAUCUCCUCCUCGACCUGUUUCAGAAUUCUUUUCUAGGUUUACGAUUCCCAGAUCUUAUGCUAAGUGGAACUCUCGCCUUAAAUGCAAUCUCUACUACUACCGGACCAACUAUUUCAUUAUGGUAAUUUUCAUUCUCGGUUUGGGCUUCCUGCGAAAACCACUCGCUAUUGUGGCUGCUCUGUUGACGGGGUUAAGCAUCGCUUUCUUGAAUGAUAGCUUUGCAGUGACUUUCAAUGAGAAGGUGACAAGAACUGUGAGGCAGUUUUCUCCACAUUUGGCUGCAAAGAUGAGGCCACCUGUUGCGCCCGUCAUCCGUGGGCGUCCUUCUGUGAAAAGGCAAAUUCAUAUAUGUGGGCGGCCUCGGUGGAUGUUUGUUUUUGUGUUCUCUGCAGCUAGUUUCUUCUUGUGGUUUGCCUCUUGCGGUCUCCUCACAGUGCUAUGGGCAUUUGUCAUAGGUCUUCUAGCUACCAUUCUUCAUGCAAGCUUUAGGACACCCAACUUGAAAGCUCGGCUCAACACAUUCCGUGAAGAGUUCCGAGCAGUGUGGCGUAAUUACAGUGAGCUGUAAAGUAGGAAGCGAACUUCCCUGGAGUUUCCAAAUUGCCUGACACUGAGCUACACAAAGCUGCUAUUUGUGAAAUCUGUGAUCCUCCAGUUAAACACACAAGCUAUGUACAGAAUGGUGGCCAACAUCAAAGUUUUUCUCUAUUUUAUUAAGAGGAAUUCUGUAAGAGGAAGAAAAACUAGCUGUUCUUUUUUUUUUUCUUUUGUGUUUUUGUUUUUUUAACAUUCUUCCUUAAACAAGGAUCAAGCACAUUAUGUAGAACGAGACAUUCUAUCCAAUUAUUUUUUUUACUGUUUGGCGCCU